GCUGGCUCUCCACACGCCGCUGCCAAGCCCCGGCCGCCCCGCGCCUUCGCAGGUAGACUGGCGCCCGCAGGAGUGACGCCGAAGUUCUCCGCCUCAGAUUGGGGCGGGUCAGGAGAAUGGCUUCGGAGAUGGAGUCGUCGCUCGAGGCAAGCUUCUCCUCCAGCGGUGCGGUAUCAGGGACGUCUGGGGCUCUGCCUCCGGCCCGCUCCCGCAUCUUCAAGAUAAUCGUGAUCGGCGACUCCAAUGUGGGCAAGACGUGCCUCACCUACCGCUUCUGCGCUGGCCGCUUCCCCGACCGCACCGAGGCCACUAUUGGGGUGGAUUUCCGAGAACGAGCAGUGGAGAUCGAUGGGGAGCGCAUCAAGAUCCAGUUAUGGGACACCGCAGGACAAGAACGAUUCAGAAAGAGCAUGGUACAGCACUAUUACAGAAAUGUACAUGCUGUUGUCUUCGUGUAUGAUAUGACCAACAUGGCUAGUUUUCACAGCCUGCCAUCUUGGAUAGAGGAAUGCAAACAACAUUUGCUAGCCAGUGAUAUACCACGGAUUCUAGUUGGAAAUAAAUGUGACUUGAGAAGUGCCAUUCAGGUACCCACAGACUUGGCACAGAAAUUUGCUGACACACACAGUAUGCCUUUGUUUGAAACUUCUGCUAAAAACCCCAAUGAUAAUGACCAUGUGGAAGCUAUAUUUAUGACAUUGGCUCAUAAGCUUAAGAGUCACAAACCAUUAAUGCUUAGUCAACCCCCUGAUAAUGGAAUUAUUCUGAAGCCUGAACCAAAGCCUACAAUGACGUGCUGGUGCUAAAUAACAGUCUUUAUUAUACUAUCUAAUUUUGACUAAAGAAAUACUUUUGAAGUAUGACAGUGAUAAAUAAUAGAUUUAACUCAACCAUUAUGGAUCAUUCUGACCCUUUACCAUUUAUUAUUGUUGUGCUUACUUUUGCAUUUUGUAUUUCCUUAAUUGAGUUUGUUACUGUGACAACACAAGCAAGUUUUUGGUUUUCAGGUGAGAUUAAAAACGAAGCAGA